ACUCCGCCAUUUUUCGAGAAACAGCGUUGCAAUUGCCGAGCGGUCGUUGACUAUUUUUUUUGUAGUUCUCCAACCAUUUCUCGACCAGCAUACAUUUAUAAAAUGCUAUCGCAUUUUAAAGUGAACUAAGAACCAAGCGGUGGAAAUUGGCAAUAACAAAUAGCAUCGAACAGUUGUGAAAUAUUUACGCAUGUGUUACGUACUGCCAGCGGCGUGUUAUCAGCAUAAUCAGCGCAGCCGCCAUAAAACUAAAUUAGAAUUGCGGUUUUUUUUUGUUGUCCGUGAAUCAAUAGGAACGUUAGCAAAGGAAGCAUUGGGCGUGUAUGCCAAAGUAAAAGUGGUCCUUGUGCCCAAACAUGAGUUUCUCCAGCGACGAGGUCAACUUUUUAGUUUUCCGAUAUCUACAGGAGUCUGGCUUUCUGCACUCCGCGUAUGUGUUUGGCAUCGAGUCCCACAUCUCGCAGAGCAACAUCAAUGGCGCUCUGGUGCCGCCCGCUGCCCUGCUCACCAUACUGCAGAAGGGUCUGCUCUACACAGAGGUCGAGUGGAGUGUUGGCGAAGAUGGUGAAGUGGCACGGCCCAUCGAGGGAUUGAGUCUCAUAGAUGCUGUCAUGCCGGAGGUGAAGCCUCUCAAGCCGACAGUUAAAACAGAGCCGGGCAAAUUGGGUGGCAGUGGUGGCGGCGGUAGCGGCGUUGAUGCCACCAAUAAUGCCAAUGCCAAUGCAAAUAACAAUGCAAAAACGGAGAUUAAAAUUGAACCGGGCACGGGUACGGCAACGAGCACGGCUGGUGGUGGUGGUGCCGCUGCCAAUAAGGGCAACAAUUCGAACAACACUGGCGGCACCGGCACCAGCACACCCACCGGCAGUGGUGGCAGUGGCGCCGACACAAGCGAAGUGGAUUCCAGUGGCCCAAUUGCAACAAAUAACAAUGCCCUAGCCAACAGUAAUAACAACAAUGGCACAGCUGGUACAGCUGCCAAUGCCGGAGCGAAUUCCAACUCGGCCACAGCUGCAGCUGGCAGUGGCAGCAAUGCAGCGGAUGCAGCAGCUGCGGCGGCAGCAGCAGCAGCAACCGGUGGAGCCAGUAAAAAACCGGGCGCAAAUGAUGCGAAUGCUGCAAGUGGUGCGGCAUAUCCAAAUACAACGAGUACAGCGGAUGAUGCCACCUCAUCAACGUCCACCAAUGGCAAUAGCAGCAACUCCAGCAGUGUCGAACAGCCAACGACGGGCGGUGUAGCGACUGCGGUACCAACUGCUGGCAGCGCAGAUGCAGCUGCAGCUGGUCCAGGAGCAGCAGCUGCGGCGGCGGCGGCAGCUGCAGCGGGCACUAAGACGCCCAGUGGUGCGGUUGGUGGAGCGGCGGCCACACGAGUUGUUGCCACUGUGGCGCCGAUGUGUGCAACGAGCGCUCAGAGCGCUGUGCCCAGCAGCACCACAUCCGGCAGCGGUGGCAACGUUAGUAGCGGUGGUGGAGUAGGCGGCGGAGGUGCUGGUGGCGGUAGUGGUGGGAGCAGCAGCGGCACUGGAACACCCGGCAGCGCUGUCAUCGAGGCAAUGGACAUUGAUCAGAGCAUCGAGAUACCUGAUUCGAAGGCACGCGUCUUGCGGGGCCACGAAAGCGAAGUGUUCAUCUGCGCCUGGAAUCCCAGUCGGGAUCUGCUUGCCAGUGGCUCCGGCGAUAGCACCGCACGCAUCUGGGACAUGUCCGAUGCGAAUGCCAACUCGAGUCAGCUGGUGUUACGCCACUGCAUCCAGAAGGGCGGCGCCGAGGUGCCCAGCAACAAGGAUGUCACAUCGCUCGACUGGAAUUGCGACGGUUCACUUUUGGCCACUGGCAGCUACGAUGGCUAUGCACGCAUCUGGAAGACAGACGGUCGCUUGGCAUCGACGCUGGGCCAGCACAAGGGCCCCAUCUUUGCGCUCAAGUGGAACAAGUGCGGCAAUUAUAUACUCUCAGCGGGCGUUGACAAGACGACAAUCAUCUGGGAUGCCUCGACCGGUCAGUGUACCCAGCAGUUUGCGUUCCACAGUGCACCCGCCUUAGACGUGGAUUGGCAAUCGAAUCAAUCGUUUGCAUCGUGCAGCACAGAUCAGCGGAUACAUGUGUGUAAACUGGGCAUGAACGAGCCGAUAAAGACGUUCCGCGGCCACACCAAUGAGGUGAACGCUAUCAAAUGGUGUCCGCAGGGUCAACUGUUGGCCUCCUGUUCGGAUGAUAUGACCCUCAAGAUUUGGAGUAUGACACGCGAUCGUUGUUGUCACGAUCUGCAGGCGCAUUCCAAGGAGAUCUAUACGAUAAAAUGGUCACCCACCGGACCCGGUACCAACAAUCCCAACACGAAUCUGAUACUCGCCUCCGCAUCGUUCGAUUCGACGGUCCGUCUAUGGGAUGUGGAACGUGGCAGCUGCAUUCAUACGCUGACAAAACACACAGAGCCCGUCUAUUCCGUGGCCUUCAGUCCGGAUGGCAAACACCUGGCGUCGGGUAGCUUUGACAAGUGUGUGCACAUCUGGAGCACACAGACGGGACAUCUGGUGCAUAGCUAUAAGGGUACCGGUGGCAUAUUCGAGGUCUGCUGGAACUCCAAGGGCACCAAAGUCGGCGCCAGUGCCUCCGAUGGCAGCGUAUUUGUACUCGAUCUGCGAAAGUUCUGAUCCGCAACGGCAAUCGAUAUAUCAUCAUCUCCCAGCUGCUCCCGGCAGCAGCAGCUCUUAGGUUAUGUUUAUUGAAGUACUUGAUUUCUAAACACACACACACACACUAAACCCGACUUUCUUUAUUUGCAUACACACACAAACAUGUUUAUAUCAAUGUUCUAUUCUCCCUUCUGCCUAACACAUCGAUCGAGUCAAGUGGGAAGAGUUAUCGCCGAUGUAUGCGGUGCGGUGGCAUGGCCAAAGCCGACACCCGCUCCCCGAUCUCUUCACCUGCGCUUUCCAACCUUAGUCCGUAAGCUCCCAAAUGAUUCUAAGUUUUGUAUUUUUUUACACGCACGUCAGAUAUCUAAUUUCUUGUAGCAUAUAACCACAAUGCAUUUUGUUAAUUUCUAUACAUAAAUAUAUAUAUAUGUAUUUAUAUAUAGAGAGCGCAGAGACGACCCCCAUUUCGUAAUCGUAAUCGUAAUCGAGCAACCUUUUAAUGUUAGUUUCUAAGCGUACAUAAUGGCAUAUAUAGUAUAUGCGUACAUAUACAUAGAUAUACAUAUAUGCAUGCAAGUGUAGUUAGUCGCCGGUUAUGCAUCCAAAUCAAUAUGGAUGGAACACGCAUACAUUCGAACAGUGUAACUGCAACAAUCCCCACGUAGUUUAGUGUGAAGACGAUACUAAUUAUAAAGAAUGGCGUUCAAGAGCGACUACAAUUAAUUAAAGCUCAAAACACACAAAUUUA